CAUACUCGCCGAGUCGUGCUGCUGAGGCCACCGAGGGCUCAGAGGGCGCCACGUCCCUGCCUGCUCGGCCCGGCCCGUGUUUGCCGUUCCGCCCUCCCGCUGCUCCAGUCGGAGGGCCUGCGGCGCUGGACAGUCGGUCAGUGCCUCCGCCGCCGCCGGUGGAGGGAGGGACGUGUGAACUGCGGCACCGAGGUCGGAGAGUGAGCCCGAGCGAUCUGCGCAGUGUGGUGCGAGUGCGAGACUCGGACCGCGUGCGCUCGCUGAGGACCGCACGGAAUAGCGCCGGGCAGCUGCGUAGCCGCGCCACCAGAGACGGAAUCUUAUAGCUGAGUCGAGCCGCCGAGCCGUCCAGCGGAGACCAUGACCUCGUGUCUGAGCGUGGACCCGCCCGAUAUUGAGGCCAUCCUGACGCUGAACCCGCAGAUAAAACCGUAUGCGAGCAUCGUACCGUCUGCACAGACUAAGAAGAACAAGAAACACUGGAAACGCAACGCCGACAAGAAAUGCGGGACAUGUGGACCAGACCUGACAAAGAAUUUCGACGACAUCAAGCACACCACGCUGAGCGAACGAGCCGCGCUCAAAGAGGCCAGCCGAUGUCUGAAGUGCGCCGACGCGCCCUGCCAAAAGUCGUGCCCCACCCAGCUGGAUGUCAAGGCGUUCAUCACCAGCAUUGCAAACAAGAACUUUUACGGCUCGGCGCGUCAGAUUCUGUCUGACAACCCGCUGGGCCUCACAUGUGGCAUGGUGUGCCCCACGUCGGACCUGUGUGUCGGCGGCUGCAACCUUCACGCCUCAGAGGAGGGGCCGAUCAACAUCGGCGGCCUGCAGCAGUUCGCCGUGGAGGUGUUCAAGAAGAUGCGUCUGAGCCAGGUGCUGCCUCCCGAGGUGGCCACCGCCGCCGACCAGCGUCCCCCCAGCUACUCGGCGCGCGUGGCCCUGCUCGGCUGCGGCCCCGCCUCUAUCAGCUGCGCCACUUUCCUCGGACGGCUUGGCUACACGGACGUCACCAUCUUCGAGAAGAACGAGUAUAUUGGAGGACUCAGUUCGUCGGAGAUUCCGCAGUACCGACUGCCGUACGACGUGGUCGACUUUGAGGUGGAGCUAAUGAAGGACCUGGGUGUCAAGGUGGUGACCGGCAAGGCACUCGCCGAGAACGACCUCACCGUCAAGGGGCUUCAAGCGGAGGGAUACGAGGCCAUCUUUCUGGGUAUAGGUCUGCCUCAGCCCAAAAAGAUCCCGAUAUUUGAAAAUCUGACGGAAAGCAUGGGCUUCUUCACCUCCAAAGAUUUUCUGCCGAAAGUGGCAGCCGGCAGCAAAGCAGGUAUGUGCAGCUGCAAGUCCCAGCUGCCGCAGCUCUCCGGUAACGUGAUUGUGCUCGGCGCCGGCGACACGGCGUUCGACUGCGCCACGUCGGCGCUCCGCUGCGGUGCGCGGCGCGUCUACGUCGUCUUCCGCAAGGGCUUCACCAACAUCAGGGCCGUGCCCGAGGAGAUGGAGCUGGCGCGCGAAGAACAAUGUGAGUUCGUGCCGUUCAUGGAGCCCAGCAAGGUGAUAGUGCGUGACAACCGUAUCACCGCUGUAGAGUUCUGCCGCACCGAACAGGACGACUCGGGCCGCUGGGUCACAGACAACGAGCAGACCAACCGGAUCCGAGCCGACUUUGUCAUCUCGGCCUUCGGCAGCGGCCUCAGCGACCCCGGUGUUCAGGUAGCUAUGGCGCCGGUGCGUCUGGACCGCUGGGGUCUACCUGAGGUCAACCCGGACACCAUGGCCACCAGCGAGGAGGGGGUGUUUGCCGGCGGAGACCUGGCGGGCGUGGCCGAAACCACCGUGGAGUCGGUCAACGACGGAAAAACGGCCGCCUGGAGCAUCCACCAGUACUUGCAGUCGCUGCACGGCAUCCCGAUCCCGGCCCAGCCGCGGCUGCCCAAGUUCUACACGGCCGUGGACGCCGUCGACCUGAGCGUGGACAUCUGCGGCCUGCGCUUCCCGAACCCGUUCGGCCUGGCCUCGGCGCCGCCCACCACCUCGGCGCCCAUGCUGCGCCGCUCCUUUGAGGCCGGCUGGGGAUUCAACGUCACCAAGACGUUCUCACUCAACAAGGAUCUGGUGACCAACGUGUCGCCUCGGAUCGUGCGCGGCACCACCUCUGGACACACCUACGGACCCGGCCAGGGCUCCUUCCUCAACAUCGAGCUCAUCUCCGAGAAAACGUGCGAAUACUGGUGCCGCAGCAUCACCGAACUCAAACGGGACUUCAAGGAACAGGUCCUGAUUGCCAGCAUCAUGUGCAGCUACAACGAGGAGGACUGGACGGAGCUGGCGCAGAAGGCCGAGGCGGCCGGUGCCGACGCCCUAGAGCUCAACCUCUCGUGUCCGCACGGCAUGGGAGAGCGCGGCAUGGGACUCGCCUGCGGUCAGGACCCCGAGCUGGUGCGUAACAUCUGUAAGUGGGUGAGAGCCGCCGUCAAGAUCCCCUUCUUCGCCAAGCUGACACCAAACGUCACGCACAUCGUCGACAUUGCCAAGGCCGCCAAGGAAGGUAACGCGGACGGCGUCACUGCUACCAACACCGUCUCCGGCCUGAUGAUGCUCAAGUCGAACGCGGUGGCGUGGCCGGCCGUCGGCAGUGACCUGAAGACCACCUACGGCGGCGUCAGUGGCAACGCCAUCCGGCCGAUCGCGCUGCGGGCCGUGUCGGCCAUCGCGCGCGCCCUGCCCGGCUUCCCCAUCCUGGCUACGGGAGGUAUCGACUCGGCCGAGGCCGGACUGCAGUUCUUGCACGCCGGAGCGUCGGCACUGCAGGUAUGCAGCGCAGUGCAGAACCAGGACUUUACUCUGAUUGAUGACUUCUGCACCGGCCUGCGGGCGCUGCUCUACCUGUCCACGCUGCCGAGUACUGCCGACUGGGACGGUCAGAGCGCGCCCACGCCCAAACAUCAGCUCGGAAAACCGGUGCCGGCCAUCAGCGAGAUCAUCGGAAAGGGUCUGGCCAAUUUCGGCCCGUACCGCGCUGAGCGGGACCGGGUACUGGCGGAGAAGCACCGCUCGGCCGACCUGCUGGACGGGAAGGCGGAGCCGCAGCGGCCGGCAGUGAAGCCCGCCGCGCCCGUACCCACAAUUGGAGAGCUCAUUGGCAAGGCGCUGCCCAUGAUCGGCGCCUACAACGACCUGGACAACCAGCAGCACAAGGUGGCACUGGUGGACGAGGACAUGUGCAUCAACUGCGGCAAGUGUUACAUGGUGUGUAACGACUCCGGGUACCAGGCGAUCGAGUUUGACCGGCGCACCCACCUUCCGAGGGUGACCACCGACUGCACCGGCUGCACGCUCUGUGUCUCCGUCUGCCCCAUCAUCGACUGCAUCAAGAUGGUGCCACGGACCACGCCCUACGUACCCAAGCGCGGCCUGCCCCUACCGGCCUAAGCAAGAAGAGGCAACAAAAAAGAGGAUCUUGCCGUUCAGAGAGACACAAUAUCGCCACGGACUUGCCGUAUACCCACCGGUGGCAUGACGCGGGGUAGAUGAGUAAGCAUGAUGGUAGCGACGAGCGCCAGCAGCGGCCAAUAAAGGGGACCAAGAGAUUUGAUAUAUGCCUUUAUAGUAUUAAUAUCAUGAUAAAGCUUACAUAGUAGCUACUAACACUAGCUUAUGUGCUUCUAUCGAGGAAGAUCGAUAGUUCGGUAAACUGCCUUGGUCAAGACUUGGUGCUAGCAUAUUAUUUCUGAGUGCGGGUUCGUUCUAAGGGUAAACGAAACGCUUGUUAUGAUAAUACUCAAUAUAUGAUAUUAUAAUUA